AUGAGCCCAAACUAUUUAUCCUGUGGCCUGGCGGCGACCAGUUUUCCCGCGCCCGACUCUCUGCCUUCCGUCGCGGGACCUCAUGGGCCUGGACCCUCGAACGGUGCUGUCGGCUCGAUGGUCAACCAGCCAACCAACGGGGCUUCUCAGGGCAGAAUGCUCACUCGACACCAACAAAUGCAAGCUCAGGCGCAGAGUCACUCACUGACCCCGGCUCCGGGGCAGAGGUCGGCCACCGGCUUUGGCCAGGCAGCGCUAGCCUCGGCCGGCUUCGUGGCCGGAACAGCCGGCUCGCUGGUGCAGACGCGCCGGCAGGCCGUUCUACAGCAGAGCAGCUACCGGACGACCAGUGUUGCCGGGCCACGCAGCCAAUUGCCAACACAGGGCACAACUCGCCUGGCAACAGCUGGCUCGGGUGCCGGUCUGACGCCGGCACAAGGCCUCCUCAUGCCGGCCAACCAGCAGCCUCCCGCUCCGUCUGGCUACAACCUGCGCAGACCAACUGCAGGACCAACAAGCAGCAGCAGCAGCAGCACCAACAACUGUUCCACCGCCGUGACCGACUCGACGGCUGCUCCACAUGCCGGCCAGGCUAUGGCCUCGGAAACACACAACAUCUCAAUGGCCCCGCCGCAAACCAACUCGGGAGCCACGGUGAUGCGCAGGAGUGCUCGAGCCCAACAGCCAACGCAGCCGUCAGUCCAGAUGCAGCACCACCAACAGCCGCAACAGCAUAUGGGCCACCAACAAGAAAUCAGCUAUCACCAAGUUCACUCAGCGCAUAACUACCAGGCCCAGCUACAACCCAUCGCUCUCCAUGGCGGCCAACAACCCCACCACCACUCACAACAGCAUCAACACGAACAGCACCAUCAAACAAAGCAACAACAGCAGCAGCAGCAACAACAACAACAACAGUUUCAUGCUAAUUCUGUAACGACAAGGCAA